AUGCGCCAUUUAGGAAAAAAUCCUCAGUGGGUUGAAAUAUCAAAAGUCAUUGAAUAUCCACCAGAAGUACUCGAAUUUUAUAGUCAGCAUCUUAUUGAACAAACUCUUAAGUUUGAAAAAGAAUUUGCGAAUACUUUAAAUGAUCAAACUUAUAAUUUGAAACCAAUUUCACUUCCACCAAAUGGAUUGCUUAAUAAAGGACUUAUGUGCUUUGCUAAUGCAUCUUUGCAGCUCUUAUUUUCAUCAAAAGAGUUUGUUAGUUUUAUAUUAUUCAUGAAAAACAAUAUGCGAUUUUUCUCAAUUGCUCAACUUGCUUCGGCACCAACAUGGUCUGCACUUUGCAAGUUUGCACGAUCAUAUGCCACAGAAAAAAACAUAAUUUCAACAGAAUCAAUGGAUGAAUUCUUCGGUCCAUUUACUUCUAAGCGUCAUCCAUUAACAAUGGAAGAUGCCGCCGAGUUUACAAUGUUUUUACUUAAUAAACUUCACGAUGAAUUACAAGAACUAAUAAAAUUAGGAGAUAUCAAGCAAGAUGCAGGCGGAUGGCAAGCCAAAGGAAUUAAAAGUGGUCGCAUUACUGUUUCUGAUGAAUGUGUUAAGAGAUCUCCAAUAACUCAUAUAUUCGGUACAAUAGUAAGAGCUGAUACACUUAGCAAUGGUCAUUCCAGAUCUGUUGGUCAUGAGCCAUAUCUUGUCCUACCUCUUGACCUUUCCCCGACUUUAGAAGAAUCAAUUGAAAAUUUCUUGAAAUUUUCAGACGUUGAUGACGGAACAUCCAAGAAGAAUUCAUUCCUAUCUUUACCGUCUUCCAUAGUAAUUGCUCUAAAAAGGUUCGCUUUCGAUGGAACUGGUGUAAUUAAAAGAGAUGAUAUAAUUAAGUACCCAAGCAAACUCAGAUUGCUUAAAACUGACUUCGAACUUGCUGCAAUAGUUAUACAUAUUGGUUCCAGCCCUGCUUCUGGCCACUAUAUUUGUAUUUCGAAGAGAACUGAUGGACACUGGCGCGAAUACGAUGAUUCUGAUGUUUAUGGUAUCAGAGAUGGUACAGAGAUGGAACAACAGGCUUAUCUUCUUUUAUAUAAUAGAGUUUAG